GCCUGUGAUCGUGCAGUCCCGGGGGCUGGAUGGCAUGCUGGACCCAAGCUCAGCUCAGCGUCUGGGCCCAAUAAAGGCUUUUCCAAAGGAGCAGCUUUCUGUCCUGGCCACACGGAGGUGCACAGCGUAAUGUCCAUGUUGUUCUACACUCUGAUUAUAGCGUUUUUGAUCGGCAUACAGGCAGAACCACAAGAAGAGAGCAAUGUCCCAGCAGGACACGCCAUCUCCCAAGCCCACUGGACUAAACUUCAGCAUUCCCUCGACACAGCCCUCCGCAGAGCCCACAGUGCCCCGGCUGGGGUGAUCGCCGCCAGGGUGGCAGGGCAGACUUACAACAUCACCGUGGACCCCAGACUCUUUAAAAAACGCAGACUACGUUCACCCAGAGUGCUGUUUAGCACUCAGCCCCCGCCUGUCACCAUCGAGGCGCAGGACCUGGACUUGGAGGCCGGUAGCGCCGCCCCGUUCAACAGGACUCACAGGACCAAGCGGUCCGCCGAAUCCACUCACCCCAUUUUCCACAGGGGGGAAUUCUCCGUGUGUGACAGCGUCAGCAUGUGGGUUGGGGAUAAGACCACCGCCACAGACAUCAAGGGCAAGGAGGUAAUGGUGUUGAAAGAAGUGAUCAUUAAUAACGUUGUAUACAAACAAUACUUUUUUGAGACCAAGUGCCAGAACCCCAAUCCCGUGGACAACGGCUGCAGGGGCAUUGACUCCAAGCACUGGAACUCAUAUUGUGCCCCCAAUUACUCCUUCACCAGGGCACUGACCUUGGAUGACAGGCAGACAGCCUGGCGGUUCAUCCGGAUCAACACAGCCUGCGUGUGUGUCAUCAGCAGGAAGACUGGGAGAAGAGCCUGA